AACUCGCAGUCGAGUCGAAUGACGAAAGCCAUGUUUUGCUAAAUGUUAGCCAUUGCAAGCUAACUUUGUUUGCAUUCAGACUCUCUUUUCCAGUAACCCCCUAUUUACCUCGGCGCUUCAUGGGAUUAAAUUUAAAUGUAAAUUGUAAGCUAUUUUUAAAGAUACGGAAUCAUGAACGGGAGCACGAAUCCGCAGCUAGAUAAAGAGGAACAUGUUUUAAAGCUCGGAGAAAGCUUUGAGAAGAGGCCAAAAUCUUCUUUUCACACUAUCAGAUAUGACUUCAAACCGGCCUCUAUUGACACGAGCUGCGAGGGAGAGCUCCAAGUUGGGAAAGGAGAUGAAGUUACUAUAACCCUACCUCAUAUUCCAGGUUCUACGCCUCCAAUGACAGUAUUUAAAGGGAACAAGCGGCCAUAUCAGAAGGACUGUGUGCUCAUCAUUAAUCAUGACACAGGAGAAUUUGUACUGGAGAAGCUCAGCAGCAGCAUUCAGGUCAAGAAAACAAGAGCGGAGGGCAGCAGUAAGAUCCAGGCCCGGAUUGAGCAGCAAUCAGUUCGUUCCUCCCAGCCCAGCUCUCAGUUCCGAGCCCCAACCAAGCCCGGUACUGGGAUCAAAACAUCCCCCUCCCAAUCUAAGGACAACCCUUCCCCAGAGCCUCAGCUGGAUGACAUCAAAAGAGAGCUGCGAGCGGAGGUGGAGGUGAUCGAGCAGAUGAGCAGCAGCGGCAGCAGCAGCUCGUCCGAUUCGGCCAGCGCCUCUGGGAGCGGCGACGACAGCAGCAGCAGCGACGGGGAGCACGAUGCCCCGCGACCGCUCAGCCAGACCUCCCCCAGCCGCACCCCCAUCGCCAACGGAGGAGGAGACAGACAGCAGGGCAACAACCAGCUGAUGAACACGCUCCGAAACGAUCUUCUGCUCAGUGAGUCAGGCAGCGACAGUGAUGACAACUAAACUCUCCCGGUCAGUCCUCCACAAUCCUCCUCCUCCUGCUUCAUUUAUUUCUUCAGUUGCUGUGAAAGAUGACCUAAGCUUUAUUUUAUUUUUUGGUUUGACUUUAUUUUUUUACAUUUUAUUUUAGUAUAACCUCAAAGAUGGCCAGGCAGAAACUUUAGGAUAGUAUUUUUAUUAGAUGUAUAUUUUGUUUUGUAUAGUAAAAGAAAAAAAAAGUUCUACUUGAGGAAUUUGAGAUUGAAGAUUCUAUUUAGGUUUCAUACAUAUUUUAAGUACUUAAAGACACUAGUUUUAUUUGCAGAAUUUAUUCAUUGAUGGCUUUGUUUGCAAUUGUAAGGUUAAGAAUUGAACAUCUUAGUGCUCCUCACCUUUUGUCAGAAAACUACAACAACACCCUGCAAAUGACAAAAUAUACAAGAAACAUCUUAAAAAAAUGUUUUUUUAUCUUCAUUGACAACAGAAGCUUUAUUUUAUCAAACCUAUUUGAUUCGUUUUGCUAAUGUCUGGGUAAUGUUUGGUGUGUUUUAUAGCAAAUGUGAACUUGAUCUAAAACCUAGCAACUAAGCAUUGAUCUGUUCUCAUAAUAAAAAUGAUGAUAAAGGAUUUUAAUCAGCUUUGAAAACCCUUUUAAUGGCUCUACAUUUUGAGACAACAUUGAUAAAUCUGACUGAUCCCAGGUAAAGUUGGACUGAAAAAGUUAAAAAAAAUGUUUUGCAAGAGUGAAGCAAUUACUUUUCCUGCCACAAGAGGGCAGAAAAGACUCAUGUAAAACAACACUACCAUGUACUCAUUUAGCAUUAAAGGAACAAGACAGCAGUGACUUUAAUGACAAUAUGAUUCUGACUCUGAAUUCAGCAUUUGUUUAGUUUCGAACAUCUGAGAGAACUGUUACUUUUAUAAAAGCUGUGCUGUUUACAGCAGAUACUCACUUAGGUCAACUGUCUGUCAUCUAGAACCAGACAGAACCUGUUCAGAUUGGAUCAAAUUUUCUCUGAAAUGGCAAGAAACUUAGGUCAGAGCCUAAUGCUGCGUUCACACCGAACGCGAUUU